GUGGGUGUGACGUCACGGUAAACGUUACUAAAGGAAACCGGAAAAAACUAGGAACACACACUUCAUGUGAUUCCAGUGUAAUUUGCCUAAUGAUCUACUGACAUCGCGUAGGUACUGAUGGUCGCCUGAGAGAAAUGAAUGGAGUUUGUUCAAAGAGUAAAAUGUGAGAGGGCAGGUGAUCGGCCAGAGCAACAGUUCUCCAGCUGUGCAAAGCACGAGCUCCGUUGAAUUCGCCUUGCCUGAGAGUUCUGGAGAAGUGGUGGGAGACAUCUUUUGGGGUGCUCAGCGAGCCUGCAGAUUUUUCAGUCUUUUCCAUAAUGAGGCUGGCAGGGCCUUUGCGUGUUGUGGCAGUCGUAUUUCUUGUCGGCAUCACAUGGCUCCUAACAAGUUCUGUAUUGGGGCGAGAUGGUGGCUCUUUUUUGCGAAAUUUUUUCAGUGGUGGUGGAGAAGAGCCUACUCCAGAGCCGAAACCACGCAAGUACAAGUGUGGCUUGUCUGCACCCUGUCCUGAGAAACACAUGGCUUUCCGCAUCGUCUCGGGAGCUGCAAAUGUCAUCGGUCCCAAAAUCUGCUUGGAGGACAAAAUCCUCAUGAGCAGUGUCCGGAAUAACAUUGGACGAGGACUGAAUUUGGCUUUAGUAAAUGGAGUAACAGGAGAGCUCCUAGAAGUCAAGUCUUUUGACAUGUGGGCUGGGGAUGUCUCAGAAUUGUUGAAGUUUCUCAGGCCACUGCAUGAGGGAACACUUGUGUUCGUGGCCUCCUUUGAUGAUCCAGCUACUAAGUUAAAUGAUGAGGCACGCCACCUCUUUGAAGAGCUGGGCAGCACCGCAGCAAAGGAGUUGGCCUUCAGAGACAGCUGGGUAUUUGUGGGGGCCAAAGGCAUAGAAAAUAAGAGUCCUUUUGAGCAGCGCAUGAAAAACAGCAAGAGCAAUAAUAAGUACGAGGGCUGGCCUGAGUCCUUGGAGAUGGACGGCUGCAUUCCCCUCAGAGCCCCUCUGGAGAAGUGAGCACCUGACACUCCGAAGAACCCUGUAGGACAUGCUGGACCACGAGGCCUUGUGCAGACAUUGCUGUUAAAAUGACUAUAAUUAUGCAAUAAUGUAUGUAAUUGUUGUUCUUGUGCUGUUGAUUAUAAAAGAUAAGUAUGUGUGUUGAGUUGCUCCAGAGAAGAGUAGAAGUAAAACAUUGCCCUAAUAACCAUUGCAAAUGCUCAGUGGAUCAUAUAUGAAAUGUUUAUUGCAAUCAGUAGCUACAGCUGUGAUAGAGCACAUAUUUGGAUUCAGUAUCUGAAUCCAUUUUCCCUAUCGCGGAAUAAUACUGGGCUUAUGUUUAUUUUUUAUGUGCAAUGUGUCUGCUUCCUUAUUUGUCAGUGAGUGUGUCUGCGAUUAUUGAUACAUGUUUGGGUCCAGGUAUGUCUUGACACUUCGCUUCUUCUUCUUUUUUUGGGACCUGUGUGAUUUCAUUCCAAAUAGUUAUGUUGAAUGUAAUACCAUAUUGAUAUGACAAAGUGUGACAUUUCUGUGUAAUGUUUAUUAUUUUAUUUUGUUCAAAUUUUUGUGUGUCAGUGACUUGUAAGUUGUGAAGUUUAUCAGAUAAGACCUAAAAAUAGAUUAAUGCUGUUAUAUUUAACAAAUAAUGUUUUAACAUGUCAGCAUACCAAACGAAUGUGUGAUUCUGUGUAUAUUUUUACACUGCUUUGACAAUAAAAGAUGAGCUCUA